AUGUAUAUCAUGAAAAAAGCUGCAAUUAAGAGGAUUCUGGGACAGAACAAGCAGAGGUUUUCUCUGAAAACGGAUAUAUGGGUUGCACCAUAUCCCGGAGCUAGUUAUAUGGUAAUAACAGCUCAUUUCAUCGAUCCUAAUUGGCAGCUAAGGAAGUUGAUCAUUGGUUUCAAGAAUGUCUCCGAUCAUAAAAGAAUAACGAUUAGCAAUGCUUUGCUUGAGUGGUUGGAAGAGUGGGAUAUAAAGCGAGUGUUAUGCAUAACUGUGGACAAUGUCACUGCUAACAGUUCAGCAAUGAUGAUUCAAGAAAAAGAGGUUGACGAAAGUAUAACUGCUAUUCGUAAUGGGAUUACAUAUGUAAGGUCUUCUACUAGCAGACUCAAGGCUUUUGAGUUCCGUGUUGAAUCAGGAAGGAUGGCAAGAAGUAGCCUUUCCUUAGAUGUCAAGACUAGAUGGAACUCAAAUUAUCUCAUGUUAGACCAAGCACUGAAGUUUAAAGUGGCAUUUGAGAAGAUGGCAGCUGAAGGUCUACCUUAUAGCGAUUACUUUUUGGAAGAAGCUGAUGUUCAACAUUGGUACUUUCAUCUUCAAACGUUGUCACUGCCCAUAAGCUGCAAAAAAGAGAUAGUCACCAUUACAGCAAACAUCAAAGCACUAAGCUCGAGUUCUGGUCCUGACUUGGAGUUGUCUACUAACGCCUUAGCUAUGCUUAGUAAGUUAGACAAGUACUGGAAUCCAUUUGUUGAUAGAGAUAAGGUUGAAAUGAACCAGAUGAUAAUAGCGGCAAGUGUUUUUGACCCAAGGAAGAAGAUGAAGUUUGCUCAGCUUUGCUUUGAAGAGCUUUAUGGCAAAGAUAGUGCCGAGGCAAUGCAUAUGUUUGAUUCAGUCGAGUUCACCUUGAAGUCGUUGUAUGAGGAAUAUAGUGUUUAG